CGGGAGGCCCAACGGAGUCGACGUCGUGGUCGUCGCAGCGUCGUCGCGGCCGCAGUCUCGGUCGGCUCGGGACGUGGGCGUUCUAGGGUCCGCACCACGGGUCUGGGACGCGAGUCCGCGCUCGGCCAUGCCCGGGGCCCGCGAUUCAGAGCCGGGGUUCGUCGCUGCCGCCGCAAGCCCCUCGCCGCACACCGUCGUCGCCGCACCGCCGCGGCCGCCGUACAGGGCGCCAUGACUCAGCGCUGCCUGCGAUCUCCGAGCGUCAACUUCGCCGACUGCGAGUCGCCCCUUCCCGGGGAUACCUUCGAACAGGCUGGACGCAGGUGCUACGCUCCCGGCAGGAUCAGCACCCUGGUGAGUGCCAAGGACAAAGCGCUUCGCAGCGAGCAGGCGGUGCGUGCCCGUGUGGGCCAGGCGGUGAACCUGGCCGUCGAGCGCUUCGUCUCCGUGGGCGAGGCCAUUGCAGACGACAACAUCGAGAUCAAGCUGGACAUGUACGACGCCUGCCGCAGUGCCAGGGCAGCAGGCACGACGAUAGAGCAGCUGUGCGACGUGCGCAUCGAAGAGGGGACCGAGGCCGGGGGGAGCGACCGGGGCGCCAUGGCCCGGGCGGCCAAGGUCCUCCUAGCCUCCGUCACCCGCGUGCUCCUUCUGGCAGACACCGUCGUGGUCAAGCAGCUUCUCAGCGCAAAAGACAGGGUAUCCAUAAGCUUGAACCGCCUUGAGAAUGUUGCUAACUUCACGGAGUUUGUGAAGGCAUUCAGCCAGUUCGGCACCGAAAUGGUUGAGCUGGCUCACCUCACGGGAGACAGGCAAAACGACAUGAAGGAUGACAAACGGAGAGCCCAGAUGGCAUCUGCGAGGAUGGUCCUGGAGAGGUCUACAAUGAUGCUGCUCACAGCAUCAAAGGCCUGCCUGAGGCACCCCGAGUGCGAGACGGCCCGGGAGAACCGGGACACGGUGUUCCUGCAGAUGCGGAGGGCCAUGGACCUGGUGCACUUUGUGGUCAAGGACGGGGUCAUCCCCGAGCUGGCCGCCAUGGCCUCCUCCUCCUCCUCCUCCGAGUGCCGCCGGAAGGGCGCCCGCAGGGGCUCCUGGCGCCUCGAGGAGUUCGACCGCUGCGCUACCGUCCACAACGCCGUCAAGAAGUUUGAGGACCUGGUGGAGACGACGCGCAUGACGCUGGUGGGCCCCAGCUGCCGGGAACGGCUGUCGAGCGGCCUGGAGGCCGUGGUGGAGCGCACCCAGGACUUCACCGACUCGGCCUACACCUCCCACGAGCACCGGGAGAAGAUCCUGCUGCUCUGCGACCGGGCCAAGCUCGAGCUCAACCAGCUGCUCAGGAUCGGCGUCGGACUGGACCAGGCUGGUUCGACGUCUCCCAACGAAGAUCUCGAGGCUUCCAUCGAACAGACGCUGAGGGCAACGGCGGACCUCAAGCAACAGCUCCGAGACACAGCCCUGGACCAUGCGGACGAGCUGUUCAAGACCAUGGACGAAGGGGAGCUGCUGAACAGGCUGAAGAACGCCUCCCUCGCCGGUGACCACGCCAGGUUAGAGGAGUACGCCGACAAGUUUGCAGAGCACGCCGAGCAUGUACAGGAGGUGUGCAGGCUGCUGUACCACGUGGCGAGCACAGAGGCCCUCCAAGUCACAGCGAAGAACACGGACGCCUGCCUUAAGGUCUACGGCUCACAGGUUGUGAGUGCGUGCCGCACCCUGAUCACCCACCCGGUGAGCAAGAUCGCCAAGGAGAACCUGGAGGUGUUCACGGAGGUGUGGCAGUCACUAGUGAACGACGUCGCUUCUCUGUCCCGGGAGGCCAGUCAACUGUGCAGGGCGCCGCCCCAAGGCCCUGACAGAUCCGUCUACAUGUCGCUGCCAAGGCCGGGGCGCCACGGCACAACGAGCAAGCCUCUCAAGCCCAUGAAGCUGGAUACGGAGCUGAUGGAUGCGCAGGAGCAGGCCAAGAUCGCCAAGCUGGGGCUGGAGAUGAAGCUGCUCACGUCCGAGAUGGACGCCGAGACGGAGAAGUGGCCCGCCGCCGAGAACGACAUCGUGGGCCGGGCACGGGCCAUGUCCCAGAUGGCCUUCUCCAUGUACCAGUUCACGCGGGGAGAGGGGGACCUCAAGACCACUCAGGAUCUGUUCACGCAAGCAGAGUUCUUUGCAGAAGAAGCCAACAAGCUGUACAAGGUGGUACGGCAAUUCUCCUACCAGGUGCCCUCCGGAACACACAAGAAAGAACUGCUCGAGUUUCUGGACAAGGUACCGACGUUUGUCCAGCAGCUACAGUUCACGGUGAAGAAUCCAACAGUGGGCAAGGCUGCAACCUUCACAAAGGUUGACAACGUUAUCCAGGAGACAAAGAACUUGAUGAAUGUCAUAUCCAAGGUCGUCACCACCUGCCUAGUGUGUGCAACAAAGUACAACCUGGACUUCCGGGGCUCGGAGAUGGGGCGCGCCCACUCCCAGUGCGGCUACCAGGAGGAAGAGUACAGCUACAGCGACGGCGGCGGGGGCGCCCUCUCGUCCAAGGGGGGCCCCGGCACCGUCAGCUCGUCCGACCCGGGCAUCUGACAGUUUGGGAUGGGUCCUCGGAGGCCCAAGCCAGACGCCCGCCGCACCAGGGUGUCUUUUUUACUCUUUUAGGGUCAAAAUCCAAGCGGGACUAAGCGGGCCCGGGACGACCGGCGGGUAGGCGCCGCGUGGGCGCUGUGCGCGACUCGCGUGGUCGUGCGCACGCGUCUUGCGAACCUCGCCUCCCGCUGCGAACCUCGGACGCUCGGUUGUUCUGCCCUGACCACCGACCGCGGAGUUUGUUACGUCUCAUUUUUUUGUUGACCGCCGUUUUGGAAAGUUGCUGUCGGUUAGGCUUAGGGCUGAGUCUUAGGCCUAGUGUAGGCCCAACACCCGUCUAAGCCUAGCUUCUGGCCGAUUGGCACAAAUUGGGUAGGUUAAGCCUCAUGCUGGUCUUGGGGCCUACUUUGGGCCUUGUGGCGUGCAGGCUGAGCCCCCUUGACCAAAAUUACGUGCCUUUUAACCAACUUCCCACCGAUUCUUGAUAGGAGAUUUUUUUAUAUGACAGUUGAAUCGGACACUUCCUUCUUUGUGCACUUCAAACGAGGUAACAAAAAAAUGUCUGCCGAAGUUGAGAAAGUUUUAGUCGUCCUGUUUCGACUUUGAAUUGCUAAAACAAGAUGGCGGUCUGUCGGCGGUCAGAGCAGAUGUAGUCUUGUCUGUCCUGCCCUCGACGUGUGCCGCCCAGUCGCCGGCACUAAUUCUACUGCUCUUAAGCCUAAUCCGGAUCCACAGUCUAAGCCUAAACCAGAACCCAAUGUAAUUGUUCCGAGUCAUAUAUCGGACAAAACCGUGAACUUCGAACCUAAAAAAAAAAAACUCUCCAAUGCGAUCUUUGAAACCUGGGAAAGGCUCUCACUUUCCCGCCCGAAAACGAAGCAAAAGACGACAAUUGACGCCUGCCUUUCCAUGCCGGUUUGCAGACUGCGCGCCUGCACGUCAAGCUGCGGGUGGGUUUUGACCCUGAAACGGUUUCCCCUCAAUCACCAUCAUUCCCCAUUCAAAGCGUGCGACAUUACAAGCUCUCGGUUACUCAUGUACCCCCCGGUGCGCUCCCCAAGCAGACAACGCUUUUACGACGCGUCUGCGACGCCGAGACGAGCGCAGAGUCGACCGCAAAUGCCAACUGUGCGA